CUCGGGGCCGGCAGCGGCGGGGCGGGGAGCGGCGCGGACUCCCGGGGUCUCAUGGUCAAGCAUGGACCCUGUUGCUACCCACAGCUGCCACCUCCUGCAGCAAUUGCACGAGCAGCGGAUCCAAGGCCUGCUCUGUGACUGCAUGCUGGUGGUGAGGGGAGUCUGCUUCAAAGCCCAUAAGAAUGUGCUGGCGGCCUUCAGCCAGUAUUUCCGGAGCCUCUUUCAGAAUUCCUCAAGCCAGAAGAAUGAUGUUUUCCACUUGGAUGUUAAAAACGUCAGCGGCAUAGGGCAGAUCCUGGACUUCAUGUACACGUCCCACCUGGAUCUUAACCAGGACAAUAUACAAGUGAUGUUGGACACGGCACAGUGUCUGCAGGUUCAGAACGUGCUGAACCUGUGUCACACGUUUCUGAAGUCCAGCCCUGUGGACCAGCCUCCCGGCCUGCCCUGCGCUGGGACCUUCUCCCUGCAGGGGGCGCUCACCCCAGAUGCUGCCUGUGUCAUGAGCGAACACUUCCCUCCUCACUUACUGCAGGACUGUUCAGCAGAGGCCCAACCUGGGAAGGUUCUGGAUGGGUCGCAUUCCCAUGUUCCGUCAGACCGUCUCCAUCAUUCCACAGGGGAAAUGUCAAAGCAAGCCCCAGAGGCUCUAGACGGCAGCUGCGCAGAGCCGCCUUGCAAGCAGCCCAAUUACUAUUACAAACUGCGAGACUUGUACAGCAAGCAGUACUACAAACAGGCCGCUUGUCCCAGCCAGGAGCGGGUGGCCGAGCAGCCCUUCGCCUUCAGCGCCUCCGCAGAUCUGGCAGCCGUGGAAACGCAGCCGUGUGCAGUCAGUCAUCCCGAAUGUCUACUGGAGACUUCAGAGGACCUGCCCUCCACCUUCCUGGCCCCACCGCUCAGUGACUCCACCCCAGACCCUGAGUCAGACGCCCCCUGCCAGCCGCCCACCAGGCAGAUGAGGCUUAAAAAGGCUGUUCACCUGAAGAAGCUCAAUUUCCUCAAGGCACAGAAAUCAGCUGAGCCAGCAAUGGACCCCAGCUUAGAUGAUGGCUUGGCAAAGAGGGUAGAACCUGCUAGUGAAGACCGGGGAGAGAAAGCUCACAGCCCAUGCACUGAAGCAAAAGAACUCGGAGAACUAGCCUCUGAGGACUUGAAUUGUGGCAUCGGUGGGAUGGAGAGGCCCGAGGCCCCGGCCACCCUGGAGGAGCAGUCCCAGGCCCUUCAGUGCCAGAGACAGUAUGCGUGUGAACUGUGUGGGAAACCCUUUAAACAUCCAAGCAAUUUGGAGCUGCACAAACGUUCUCAUACAGGUGAGAAACCUUUUGAAUGUAACAUUUGUGGGAAACAUUUCUCUCAGGCAGGUAACUUGCAGACUCACUUACGUCGGCAUUCUGGUGAAAAGCCAUACAUCUGCGAGAUCUGUGGAAAGAGGUUCGCAGCCUCUGGGGAUGUACAGCGCCACAUCAUCAUCCACUCGGGAGAAAAGCCCCACUUGUGCGACACCUGCGGCCGAGGUAAAGCCAGGCGCUGCCUGCCGCGCGCACCGCCGUGGCCCGGCCUCUGCUCACCUGCUGUGCUCUCUCUAGGCUUCAGCAACUUCAGCAACCUGAAGGAGCACAAAAAGACACACACAGCUGACAAGGUGUUCACCUGCGACGAGUGUGGCAAGUCCUUCAACAUGCAGAGGAAGCUGGUGAAGCACCGGGUGCGGCACACCGGGGAGCGGCCCUACAGCUGCUCGGCCUGUGGGAAGUGCUUCGGGGGCUCGGGCGACCUGCGCCGGCACGUGCGCACGCACACCGGGGAGAAGCCGUACACCUGCGAGGUCUGCAGCAAGUGCUUCACCCGCUCCGCCGUGCUCCGGCGCCACAAGAAGAUGCACUGCCGGGCGGGCGCCUCGAGCCCGGACGUGCUGGACGAGCUGGGCCAGGCCAUCGAGCCCGCCGACUCCUUCGCCCAGGACGUGGCCGUCACACUGAUGCCCGUGUCGGUCAAGCUGCCCGGGCACCCGGUGGAAAACGCCGUGGCGGAGUUUGCCAGCCACGCCGCGGAUUCCUGCUGUAAGUUGCGCUCCAUGCUCCACCCUGCCGGCUUGGGUGAGCAGAAACUGAGCGCCGACCCCGCGAAGCUGGCAAAGCCCCAGGCGCCGCCCGGCCCGCCGCAGGCGUUCGCUUACUCAGAGGCGGACGCCCCGGCCGGCAGCGAGCCUCUGCAGGGCGACAGCAUGGCCAUGAUCCGCUCCUCGCUGGCCGCGCUCGACCACCACUGCGGGGACCCGCUGGGCGGCCGCACAGCCUCCUCGGCCUACCGGAACUCCGAGGGCCAGUUCUUCUCCAGCAUGACGCUCUGGGGGCUCGCGAUGAAGACCCUGCAGAACGAGAACGAGCUGGACCAGUGACGGCUGCACACCCGCCUACCCCACCCCGGAGUACUGGCGGCCCUCCCCCGGAGCCCUCCC